CCUUUUGCGCACGGAUUUCAAAUAGUCGCAGCAACUGGCGGACAAUCAGUUUGAGGAGCAUUUAAUUUGGGUACAGCGGGUACAAGCCGAAAGCUAGUUCAGCGGCUAAAAGGGGGGAAGCAAGAGUCUGCUCUGGAUAACAAUACUGGCGAAACAUAUCUGCAUACUGCGCAGUGUGUUUGCUUCACUUUGAGAAAGUCACCAUGAAAUGCCCUCGCUACGACACUACUAUGGCCAGCAACAUGGAGAAAAGUUCUGCAGUAGCAGAGUCCAAGGUGCUUCACUUCAAAGUUUCCCCAGUGAAAAAGCCCAUCCCCAUCAAACCCCAUUGUCCACCUACAGGAGUAACUACCGUGUUAUUCUCUCUUAACAACAACACCAAAGCUGUACACAACAAGGAAAACAGCACCAGCAGGGAGCAUGACAGGACUCUGGAUGAAGUGUUUGAGGACAGUGGCUAUCUGUCUCUGCAAAAUAGCCAGAUUAAUGAAGAGGAGGAAGAGAUGCAGGGAAGACCCACAGCUGCUGCUGCACAUAAGGAAAAGACAAUAUCAUCAAAGGAUUCUCCAUCAAAAUGUAAAGUGAAGACGGACUCUCCCCAUCCAGUGUCAGUGGUGGCAGCUUUCACUCCUGUGGAUUGUCAUAAGAGGAGAACAGCGGCAUAUUCAAUGUCAUCCACCCCGUCCAACAAUCACAAUGACUCCAACCUCCCUAUACUGAAGUUCCAGCAGGCUGUGUGUGAAGAGCUUGCCAAGAGCUAUCGGAAGAAUAAGCGGUAUGACUGGAGCGUUGUGCCAAAGGUAGCAGAGGAUCAUCUUUUGGAUCGAGUGAUUGGAGGCCAGAUGGGGUUGGAGUAUGUUGACGUGUUUUCAUGCCUGCUGUCCAGGAACAUGAAAUGUAUCCUGACCAACAUCCUGGGCCUGCUGGCAGACAUGGACCUCAUUAGCUGUAAGAAAGUGAGCAGGACAUGGAGAAAGAUAAUCUGUGAGGAUACAGCAGCUCUGAGCAGGUGUCAAAGAGCUGAACAGGAACUCAGGGAGUCAACAAGCUCUCUGAGGCAAAAGGGUGGUCUGACAAGAGAUGUGGCUGUGUCCAGGGUGGUGCUGUCCUGCAUGCAGACUCUGGCCUCUUCAAGUACUCCAUCAUCCUCUUCCACCUCGAGCUACAGGAUCAACAGACGGACAGCUGUCUCUCAGAAGAGCAGCACACCCAACUCCCAAUGUACACGCUUCAAUGAAUACAUGCAGGCGGCCAGCAAUCUGAAGCAGCAUGAGUCUCUGCGUUCCUGCAUGCGCUGCGGCUCACCAGCCACACAUUUGGCAGAAGUUCAGAGAGCCACAUGCACACGUUCCAGCUGUCUCUUCGACUUCUGCACCCACUGCCAGAAGCCCUUCCACGGCUCGACCCCCUGCAGAGUGGUGCGGCCCCGAACCGACUUCCCUACAUUCAUGACGACCCCAAUCAUACCAGGCAGUGCUCGCAGCAAGAGGAAUGUCAGACGCCUGUGAUCGGGCUUUACUGAGCUUUUAUUCACUGACUGUUUUAACUGGGCAGGUCUGGACUCUCUGAAGUUCGGGCAGCGGGAAUUGUUUUUACACAAGCUCAACCUGGAAAGGCUUUUGUAUCUGCAUGGUGGCAACAAAACUUUGACACAUGCAGAACCCUGUGGCUCAACCCGACUGCAUCAACUUACUGAAGCACUUGUUACAACACUGCUGGGACAAUCAACCAGAAAGUGUCACCUGGCUAAAACUUUUGUCGUCUGUGAGCGACUACUGAUGCCAAAAAAAAAGAGAACCACAGGCAGAUGUGCUUUAAAUUAUACAAUUUUAUUAUGUUUUAACAUUAAAUGAUACGAAUAUAUUGUAAAGUUUUGUAUGUUUAUUUUUUUGAAUAAAUGUUCUUUAAGAGGGCCUUAAAUGUUUAUUUUUACUGUUAUAUUUGUAUUUCCUGUAAAUAGAGACUUCUUAAACUUA